CCAAAACCAUCUAUCGUCCUGCCGCCAUGGAUGAGCAAUGGAUGUUGAGAGAGCCCAGCGCGUGGCCCGGAUUGGAGGCUGAGGAGGCCCCACUGUCCACCGUCUUGGCUCUACUUCCAAUCUGGGCAUGCUUUGCAGUGGCCUUCAGUACGUUCGUCACCGCCUUUGCAAUCAUCGCUUCGACUCAGGCCUUGCUGUAUUGGGAGACCAUCCACUGGCCAUGGUCGCGACUGAAGAGAGACCCCAAGGAGCUUCCAGCGAUGUGGGAUCCCAGUUCCUUGGCAGCCAGCAAGCUACAGUAUGAUAGCCUCCAACGACGAGAGGAGAACUUGAUGAAAAGGUUUUUGUCCAUCACCUGCAACAAGGCUGAUGAGAAUGCCCCGUGGCCAGAGCAUUCGGAGCAAUUGCGCGCUCUCCUCCGAGGAGGCUACCUGAACUUAGACAGCAUCACCAGCAGUGACGGCAUGUUAGACUUCUUUGCGAGCCAUCGUGUGUUGGCGCAUCAGGAGUGCCUAUCAUGCUGCCUGGGAAUUCGCAUGACAGUGCACUACAACCUCUUCUGCGGUACGGUGCUUGCCCUGGGCAACGACCAGCAGCGUCGUUGGCUGGAACAGUCCCAAAAGCUGGGCCAGUUGGGAUGCUUCAUGCUCACAGAGGUUGGUGCAGGUGUUUUGAGCGGAUUGAUAGUGGAGACCACUGCCACAUGGAGCUGGGAGAAUGGAGGUGGCUUCUACCUGCACACGCCCUCGGUUUCUGCGGAAAAGACCUGGAUUUCUCAAGGCCUGGCGGCGGACUGGGGCGUGGUGGUGGCCAAUCUUCAACUGGAGACCGAGAAGGCCGAGAAGGCCGAGAACUUGGGACCCCACGUCUUCCUGGUGGUUUUUUGCCAUGAACAGUUGGACUACAAGGUGGUGCCCCAGUUACUGGGGGCAUCUGAUCAACCUGACUUGGAGACCCUGGCCAAAGCUCCUGAUGUGAGAUUCCAAUCCAUUGAUGCCAAGCUCUCCAACGCCUUGAGGAAAGUCAUUGACAAUGCUGGGGACAAGUCCAUGCAAGUGAAGUAUGACAUGUCCAUGAAGAACCAAUUGUAUGGGAGGAGUGGGGACUUCAUCAAGGGACGAGAACUAUUCGCAAUGAUAUUGAUUAGCUUCAAGUCACCUGACCACACUGAAGUUCUCUACAAUGCCCAUCAUUUGUAUAUGUUCAACUACUAUGGAGAUGACCAACUUGAGGCAUUCUACAACAAAUGGCUUGACAUCGUAUACAACAUGAAACAUGAUGAUCUGCCUUCCAACAAUUCCCUGCGUGACACGUUGUUCCGGAAGAUUGAACAUUCAAAGCUCAUGGCCUUCGAUAUCAACCGAUACAAAACCUUUGAUGAAGGGCAUCCUGAGAAGACCUAUGCUUACCUAACUGGUAUGAUCAAGGGAUACAUAGCACGAGGGAAGCAAGAACGACUGUUGAAAGAUAGAGAACGUGCGGUGAAACUGUCAUUGUCCUCUAACAAGACGACACCUGCCUUAGAAGAUGCAGACAAGCCUGCCGCUCCCGUCAAGACCAAGAAGGAGAAUGAAGCGGCCGCAUCGUCUACAGGUGAUCCUCCCAAACGUCCCAAGGCGAAAGCGAAGAGUGAAGCUGCAUCAGUACUUCCUACACCUUCUCCGAAGUCCCAUGCCGACAAGAACAACAAGAAAGGCAAAGGUGGGAAGGGAAGAUCAUCUUCACCCGUUGACAAGAAGAAGAUUUUCUGUAACUACUUCUUCAAUAAAGGAGGAUGCAACAAAGGUGACAAAUGUCUUUACAGUCAUUCUCAGAAGGUCUAUGAUGCCAAGAUGAAAGCCAACGGUUCAACUGCUACUCAGACAGAAGCAGAGAUUGACCUGGGAACCUUUGAUGUGACCUCUCAUGCCUAUGUACUGGACGAUAUCUUCGACAAAGACAAAGAUCCAGAAGAGAUGUCCAUGUACAGGCGGUUCACCAUGGAACCGAAUCAACCGAUGGGUGAGCGAAGCAACAUCACAACUCAUCGAAGCAAAGAAGCAGAUCUUCUGGGCGAUGUGGGAAGUGUUUGCAUCAGUGCUUAG